AUAGAGUCUUGCGACAGUUUGGGUUUGAGCAGGUGGUUCUACGGCCUAUCGACACUUAUGUUGAGCUGCAUAGGCUGGAUAGGCGUGGGAAGCAUACAGAGGAUUGGGCACUCAGACAUGUCCGAUAUGUGACUAUGUGGGAAAGGAGAGCUGAGCUAGUUGUGGCCAGGACACCGACAUAUGUGCCAUCUGUUUCAGGAGACUACAUGGGAUGGUAUUACAGCAUCACUCGUUUGUUUGUGUCUCCUUCGUUCAGACUCCCUACUCAUCAUUAUCAGCCUAGUUCCUUAGCUUUGCAUCUUACGACACGAGCUUUGCAGCGCAUACAUCAGCGGGCUACUGCCACAGUGACUGAUAGUCCUGAUGUGGACUUGUAUGGACAGGCUCUCACAGGCAUUGCGUCCUUGUGUUCAGAUGUGUUGGGGCGAGUCGACUACGGCCAUCUUAUACACAUGCCCCCAUCUCAGGAGAUGCCAUCCACGUCUAGUGCAGCGGCGGCUUCAUCAUCCCAGACGCAGCAUGAGAGAGUGGUUCUUCAACCACGACAACGGCGUAGGCGUAGACAGGAGCAGCAACAUCUCCAUGACGAAGCUGACGAUGGGAAC